AUGGACUACUUCUCUCUUAAGCAGCAAUUCUACACUGGGAACUACAAGCAGGUGUUAAGUGACAUUGAAAAGCAUAAAACCGAUUCUAAUGAUACUGUUGUAUACUAUAAGAAUAGAAGUCAAUUGGCGCUAAACAAGUACGAAAAGGGUGAAAAGAGCCAGGGACUAGAUGCAUUAUUUGAUAGUUAUGCGGAUUUCUUGUCCAACAAGAAAAAGUUGGUAGCUUUCGAGAAGGUUGCAGCCAAAAUUCCAGGCUUAUACGUGGCAAAUCUUUUGGCCUGUGCAAAAGCAGUUUCUGGCGACUUAUCUGGAGCUUGGGAAACUUGUACCAGCCAUCUCGAUGAGGACAGCGGCUCGGGAGCAGCAGAAUUGCUACUGACAGCCAUCCAGGUUGGUCUAGUUAGUGGCCAGCACCGCCAAGCGGCUGGUCUGCUAGAGAACUUCAUGGCGGCACGUGACAUAGCCCCUGAGGACGAAAUCAUUAUUAACAUGGCCGAGUCCUAUGUGCACUUCCACACAAGUCAGCACGCUUCUGGCUCUAAUUUCUACCUGUACGAAGAACUUUGCCAGACAUUUCCAAGUUGGAAAACUCAACUUGGGCUUUUGAAUCUCCAGCUGCAGCAAGGAAAUUUGCCUGAGGCCAAGGCUGUCAUUGAUCUGCUAGAGGACGAGUUCUAUCAAAAAAUGGCGGGCGCCGAUACAUAUAAAGCAGAUUUACUUGCCAAUAAGGUAACAUAUGCUGUUAUGAAUGGCGAGGACGCAUCAAUUUUUAGAAGCGAGCUUGGACAGAUCUGCCCCGCACACCCUCUCAUCAAGGCUCACGAAGAAUGCAACACCAAGUUUGAUGCGAUUGUAGCUAGAUAUACUGCCUGA